UUAGCGGGACGCCAUUUUGCUCCUGAAAGCGGAGGUAAAGCAUCAGAGGUUGAAGUGAUCGAGCAGCUGUACGCGUUCACAGACACGAUGGCGAGUGAGGGGAAAGACGGCUUCAGGAUGAAGAGCUACAAGAACAAAGCGCUGAAUCCUCAGGAGAUGCGUAGAAGAAGAGAGGAGGAAGGUAUCCAGCUGCGCAAACAGAAAAGAGAGGAGCAGCUGUUCAAGAGGAGAAAUGUAUCUGUACCUUCAAAUGAAGAAUCCAUGCUGGAAUGUCCAAUUCAGGAUCCAGACAUUAGCUCCACAGUACCUGUUGCUGGGGAUGGGAUUAUAACUCCAGACAUGAUUCAGAUGAUCUUUUCUGAAGACCCAGACCAGCAACUAAUUGCUACUCAGAAAUUCAGGAAAUUACUCUCAAAAGAAGGGAUGAGUUCUGAUCUGUUCUCCUGCACAGAGCCUAACCCACCCAUAGAUGAGGUCAUUUCCACUCCUGGUGUUGUGAACCGCUUUGUGGAAUUCCUGAAGAGAAGUGAAAACUGCACACUGCAGUUUGAGGCAGCCUGGGCACUGACCAACAUUGCCUCCGGUACCUUCCUUCACACGAAGGUGGUGAUUGAAACAGGAGCUGUUCCCAUUUUCAUUGAGCUGCUCAACUCUGAGUAUGAGGAUGUCCAGGAACAGGCUGUAUGGGCAUUGGGGAACAUAGCAGGAGAUAAUGCUGAGUGCAGAGACUAUGUGCUGAACUGUGGUAUCCUGCCGUCUCUGCAGCAGCUUCUUGCCAAAUCCAACCGUCUCACAACAACCCGCAAUGCAGUGUGGGCUCUGUCCAACCUUUGCCGGGGGAAGAACCCUCCACCGGACUUUGCCAAGGUGUCUCCUUCUCUCAGUGUUUUGUCCAGGCUUCUGUUCAGCAGUGAUCCAGAUGUUCUGGCUGAUGCUUGCUGGGCUCUGUCCUACCUUUCUGACGGCCCCAAUGAGAAGAUCCAGACAGUCAUUGACUCUGGGGUGUGCCGCAGACUGGUGGAGCUGCUCAUGCACAGCGACUAUAAGGUGGUUUCUCCUGCUUUACGUGCGGUGGGCAACAUUGUAACAGGAGAUGACAUCCAGACUCAGGUAAUCUUGAACUGUUCAGCACUGCCAUGUUUACUGCACCUCCUCAGCAGUCCCAAGGAGUCCAUCAAGAAGGAGGCGUGCUGGACUGUGUCUAACAUCACAGCAGGAAACAGAGCUCAGAUUCAGAAUGUGAUUGAUGCCAACAUCUUCCCAGUACUCAUUGAAAUUCUUCAGAAGGCUGAGUUCCGCACAAGGAAGGAGGCAGCGUGGGCCAUCACUAAUGCCACCUCUGGCGGCACUCCUGCACAGAUACGGUAUCUGGUGUCUCUGAAUGCGAUAAAACCCAUGUGUGACCUGCUGACAGUGAUGGACUCCAAGAUCGUACAGGUGUCUCUCAAUGGUCUGGAGAACAUCCUCAGACUGGGAGAACAGGAGGCCAAACAAAACGGAACAGGCAUCAACCCGUAUUGUGCUCUCAUUGAGGAGGCUUAUGGUCUAGACAAAAUCGAGUUCCUGCAGAGCCACGAGAAUCAGGAGAUCUACCAGAAGGCCUUUGACCUGAUUGAACACUACUUUGGUGUGGAGGAGGAGGAUGCCAGCCUGGCUCCACAGGUGGACCAGAGUCAAAACCAGUUUGUCUUCCAGCAACAGGAAGGGCCCAUGGAGGGUUUCCAGCUUUAACCCCACCUCACCUCCUUCUUCCUGGUCUCUGAGCCUCGGCCUGCUGGCCUGCAGACUCUCCUGGGACCUCAUCUCGUCUCUGCUGGGCCAGCUCCUCCCCACAUGGCGACUUCUAUGGCUUCACAACAAUGCAUACUCUGAAGAAACACAGAGAUCUGUGGAUAAGGAGAUGGAAAGUGACAGCUCAUUUGGGUCCUUGAUACCGUUUGAGACUAUGGGAGCCUGAAUGGAGGGGUCAGCUCUGCUGGUUUCCAUCCCCUUGAUGAGAGGCCUAUGCCAUGGAAAGCCAAUUCACUUUCAAGAAGAAUUCUCUGUUUUAGCUCUACAAUAUUAGAUUCCUUUGACUUCCUGUGAUAGUUUUUUUAUCAUUCUAAAUGAAGUUAAUAUUUGUUACAAUUAGAAUCUACUGUCUCCAAAAUCGGCAUCCAUAUCCCUUUUUGAAUGUGAAACUACCUCUUUAGUCUUCAGAGAGAAAAAAGUGGGGAAGGAGUGGGGAAAAGAAAAGCCCUAAAUGAACAGAGAAAAAACAGAGAAAGCAUCAGAUUGAUUUUUUUUUUUUUUAUCAUGGCUUAAAUCCAAUCUUGAAUAGAAUUGUUGGCGUUGAGAUUCAGUGUGUAGUGGCUGACCUGUUAGCAGACUGUGGGCAGGCAUUGGAUGUAAAUACAGUAUUACUGUACAUCCUGGUCUUUCCAUACUUCUGUAACUCAGAAGCGGCUGCAUGUGCUCUCUGGGGUCUUUGUCCUCUCCCGUCCUUUUAAAAGGACAAGAAAACACCUGGCGGUCUCUAGGUCUUUUAUUUAUUUGUCUUCUGAGAGCAAUGAGGGAGCCCCUCCAUCUCUUCUGAAGGCAACGGCUUCCUGGAUUGUCACCUCCUUACUGGCCGGAGUGAGUCUGGAGACUGGGACAGUGCUGUCUGUGACUGCUUGUGUUUUUGCUGCUUAUUUUAAGUGGUCUUUAUUUCAGAAAGCAGUAUGAGAGCAGGAUGGGUCCUGGCAGUUUCACGAUGCAGUCUGUGCAACAAUCCUUUGAGUUAAUGAGAUCUGUUUUCUGUUUGUCUCUCUGAACUAGCAUCAUGGUUUAUCUUAUUUUUUCCUUUCUGCCUGUAAUCAUUUCCUUCUUGUGAUGGGAUUUGUCAACUGAUUUGGGAGGUUUUGUAUAUUAUAUAUACAUGUAAGAAAGU